AUGCUUCUUGCUGGGCUACGCAUCCCUUCCUUGAUACACGCAACAACUAUCAAUCGAGGACCGCCGCUGCAUAACCUUCUGCCUCUCAGCGAGUUUGAGAUCCCUGCGUACAGGGCCUCUGGCCUCGCCUUCUUCCCGUCAUCCACUUUACAGCAAUGGGAGUCUCCAUUAAAAAAAAAGGCCAAGUUUGGUGAACAUGGAGCUGUACAUAGUGGAGAGCUUGAAGGGGACUAUGAACUGGACGGCUUCAGUUUGGACAUUGGCGAUGCUAUCUUGGAGCCUAUGCUUAAUGAGCCGGAAGUGAUCCCUACCCUGGCUGACCAGAAGUCCUAUGUACAGGACAGUUCCACGCCUACCUAUCUAACUUUACUUGUCACUAAAAGUAUGCCCUUGAAUGCUAAACAGCGCCUGGUUGUCAAAAAGGUGUUAAGCGAAGCACUAGACUGGGCGAACCAUCCUUACGAUGCUUCGAAACGACAUCAAACGCUUCUUUAUGUUGGGGGUGAAGGAGGCGUGGAGCAGGGUCACUAUGAAAUAGUUGGGCAUCUCCUGGGGUAUGGCGCAGAUAACAAUGGCCCACCUGUCACGACGUCUGGCCGAACAGCUCUUCAGGCUGCAGCAGAACAUGGGCACGUUGAGAAGGUCAACUUUUGCUCGAAAGCCAUGCAGCUGUGGAUACUGCGCCUGCUGACAUCAACAGCCGAACGGCAACGGCACUUCAAGUAG